AUAUCUGGCAAGGGCUGAAUGAGCUAAUCAUUUGGUUUCGCGGUCAUGUGACCAUAAUUACUGCCACAAGCACAUUUGAGACGCGACUCUAAUGACCUUCACGGAGAAGCCACUAUCAUCUCAUCGGACCCGAUCCCUAUCCGACUGAGUAUCCGAUAUCGUUGUGGCUCGAGACGUGGCCUGAGAAGAUUUUCCUAACUAAACAGCUCAUUUUGCCGUCGUGGCUGGUACGUUUCUCCUUCUCUACUAUCAUUCAACUCUGCGCGUCUUCCAGUCUAACUCGUCUCUGACGGCUUGUUUUAUCCGCUAUGUCGGGUAGUAAUAAUGGCAUCGGAAAAUCUGGGACCGUUCCUAGUCCAGAAUUAGUCCCAACUAAGCCCAAGUCAUCACCAUUAGCAAAAUAUGUGCACUCGGGAGUCGUAAUUGAAGUACCGAAUCUCGUCGAAGAGAAACUAUCGGACAAGGCGCUUCAUCGUGGGCUGAAGAGAUGGGCUCACGGAACCGACACAAGAGAGGAGGACGAUUCGAACACGAUAAUGAAGGAGAUGGUAGCGUGUCUGAAAGAGAAAUCGUCUUGUUACUCGCUGGAUGAUAAACGAUGGGUACCAUGGCGGACUCCGAAACGAGCACCACUUAAUGAGCUGUUACAGAAGCCACAGAAGGAAGAGGAGGAAGAAGAAGAAGAACAUAAGCAAGAGAAACAUCAGGUUGAGCGGCUUGUGCAUCCUGAGCAAGAACAGCCAGAUGGAGGGUGCGCAUGUGAACAGGCGAAGCAUUCGGAUCAGGAAGAAGCUCCUAAACAGACGGACCAGCCUGCACGGAUCGUUCAGCAAGUGCAACAACCCACGAGCGAAAGGAACGCGAAUGAAAUGGUGCAUGAGGAAAAGAAGCAGUUAUCUGGACCAUCGGUUGAAGAAGACACCGCAAAUUUCUUCAAUUCUAUCGGGAACAGUAUUCGAGAGAUGCAUAACAUCGACGGGCUCGCAUUCGAUGCCCGUGUUUUCUCAGCCCGCUUCCCGACCGAUGCUGCCGUCGACUGCAUUCGCAAGCCAGGCAUGGUCGUACUUGAACGAUGGGCUGUCAAUGCACCUGAUGCGAUGUGGUGUGAUAUCAAGACUCUUCUCGAGAUCAGGCGAUCGAGAUCGGAGGAAGCUCAAGAGGGUGCGUAUCAGGAACUGGUACGUUGUGCCAGGAUGGUUUUUGCAUCCCAGGUGAACCGUCGUUUCGUGAUGGGAGCGACAGUGUGUGGAGAUAUUAUGACAUUUUUUAUCUUCGAUCGGAGUGGUUAUCUGGUCUCGGAGGCAUUUGAUAUGAACGAGAAUGUCGAACGAGUGGUUCGAGUCGUUUGUGGGAUGCUGUUCGUGGACGAAGUCCGAUUGGGAUACGAUCCAACAAUCUUCAGGGAUAAGGAAGGACGGAUCGUAGUAAAGAUCCAGGGAGAGGAGUGCAUGUGUGCUGCGGACCCGAUGUAUGUUGAGAAGUCCGUACGAGGACGCGGUACCGCAUGUUUCGAAACUGUUUACCUUGGUGAGCCGGCUGUGAUCAAGGAUGCAUGGGUGGAUGACUCGCGGGCCCAACUUGAACACGAGAUCCUUGAGAAAGUGAAGGAUGUUGAAGGGAUAGUAAAGGUGGUAGACUACGAGAUCGUGCAGGUACCGAAUGAGGACGAUGUAUUGGUGAAUGACACGACGUCAGAGAAUCGGAAGACAAUGAUGAAGGACGGGGUCCACUUGGUCGAGACUCGAACUCAUCGGCGGAUCAUUUUGCAGCCAUGUGGUGGACCACUUGAAGGAUUCGCGAACCUUAAAGAAUUGCUGCUCGCAAUCAAAUAUGUUGUUAAAAGUGUCGAGAGUCUACUUGAGAAGAAGGUACUGCAUCGGGAUAUUAGUUUGCGGAACAUCAUUCUUGCAAAGGCCGAUCCUAAAGAUCCAAAUUCACGGAUGCAUGGCUACCUUAUUGACUUUGACUACGCUUUGGAUUUAGAGAAUCAAUCGCAAGCCACGGCCAAAGGUGCUCGCACAGGUACAUUGCCGUUCAUGGCACUUGAAAUGUUAGCGGAAGAGACAUCGAACCGUGUUAAGCAUGCAUAUUAUCACGAUCUUGAGUCGAUAUUCUACGUUCUAUGCUGGCUUUGUACAUCUCAGGAAGGCCCGAACAAUACGGAACGUGAUCACCGAACGUUCGACUUCAACAAGUCUGAAGUUGCAAAAUGGGCUGGCAUUGGAAAGGAGAAUUCGAAUCUGGACGACAUUCGACGAUGCAAGGCGGCGACAAUUCGGGACGAAUCCGAGUUUACUGAGAAAGUUCUUGGCGACUUCGCGCCCUACUUUGAUCCCAUCAAACCGUACGUUCUGGCACUGCGAGAUGUGAUGGUAAAUGAGGGAUCAAAUAACAACAACCCCCUUUAUCUGCUUAGACUUAGAAAGAGAAUGCGUAAGUUGGAGGAAGAAAAGGCAAAAGGCAGGCCAAUCGACGCAGAAACCUUAAAGGACAUACCUAAUUCCCAUUGCAAACCCGCUGAAGUGUUCCAGUCAAUCUUCGAUAUCAUAGAAGAUGCACUGGAAGACCUAGUCGAACCGCCUCUCCCACCAGCUUGCACGCCAGACGCGAAGGCAAGGGCAAGGGCAAGGGCAGAGGAAGAGGCCAGGAAGGAAGCGAAGCGGAUGAAGUUCAGGAAGCACAUGUCCAUUCGCGAGAUGCAAGAGGGACGAGGGAUCAAUCUCAGAAUCAAGGAGAACAAGGCUAAAGACGUUACAGAAGGAGUUGAAAGGAAGGAGAGGAAAAUGGACAAGUGGAAGGGACUGCGAGCGGAGGAAGAGAGCUGCGAACCGACGAAGGAUCCGGAACAUCGGCAGCCGAUAUGCGCUACGUCCGAUCGUAAUUCUCUCAUGAAGCAAGCUGCAUUGAAUACAUUGGUCACCUUAAGCUCAGUGCCAGGUCUGACUCACUCCGGUCCGUCUGACUCAGCCUCUGGUACUGAUUCCGGGUCACCCUCACGAUCGCCGCCGUCUCUGAUGCCCACCUCACGGAUCGGGCAACCCUCUACAAUGAAACCCAUCGGAUCCAAGCGCGCUGUCAAUGACAACGACGACAAAUCUAAGGAUAGAUGCCCAGCGCCAAAGAAGGCAAAGAAAUGUGCCGGACUGGGAUGA